AUGUUAGAAGGUAAAUUAAGGGAUAGUAACGAGGAUGAAUUCCCAGAGGUAGACGUGGUCGUCGGUCGGUAUCAUAAAGUACUAGGAAAGCCGGAGACAGACAGAAAAAGUACACAGACGACGGCAAAGUCAAAUGCAGCAGUGAAAUCGACACCUCUUCGACGACGGAAGCUAGGCCAGGGUCAGAUUGUGGACGGAUCCCUCUUAAAACCUUGGGAUGACAUCGCAACUGCCAAGGGAAAAGAUAGCCGGACGUCAAAAUCAAGAAGCUCUCGUGCUCCUAUCCAAAGAGCAAACACCAAAUCAGAUGUAUCCUCUGGAGAUGCACCAAACCCAUUGCCAGCCACGGCUCGGCAACCAGUGUAUCGUACGAUCUCGUCCAGCACCAAGCCGGUUCUAUUGCCAAAAGAAAAGGAAAUACCUAAUCAAAAGAGUAGACGGAAAGAUGGACAUGAGGAAAACGAACAGGUUUCUCGGAAGCUAACCAAGAAAUCAACACCUUCGGAUGAGUCUGAAGAAGAAUCAGAUAUAAUACAGGAAAUCAUAGAGACAAGUGAAGAGGAAAUUUCUGAGUUCGUCUCAAUAUCCGAAUCCGAAUCAGAUACGUGGAACUCAGAUUCAGAACAUUCCUUGACACCACCCACGCGGCGCUCAACGAGUCCCACUACUCAAUGGGCGAAGCCUCAGAGAACGUUGUUCAGGGACCCAGGCAAAAAGGCGGCACCCAGCAACAAACAACCCCAAGCAACCAUCGUCAACCCAAGCAAACAUUCACCCAAACAACGCGAGCCCAAGAAAAAUAUUCUUGACUACUUCAAACCAUCCCAACCAGGAAACCUAGAAGACGACUUUCAGAAACUUCACAUCUUCAACGAGGACUCCGAUUCUGACGAGUCCUCGACUAAACCAGCUAAGAAACCUGUAUUGGAGCCUACGACGCCCAAUAGGACGCAGAAGACGCUGCCUGCGUCUCCCCUCAAGACAGCUAGGAUCCCCGCAUCGCCCUGGAAGCCCGAGCAUAAGGAGUUCUGGGACCCAGAGGUGAACUUCGCCUGGAUCGAUGAGCACUCGCCGGAGAAGCCCAAGGCCGGUAUGCCCGAGGAGGCGACCAAGGCGAAGAAGCAGGGUGCGCCGAAAACGGCUAAACGCAAGCCCGGCACGAGCCCAGCAAAGCAGCUCCGAGACGCGCGGCGUGCCUUCGAUGCCUGCAAGGAGAACCUCGCACAAACCUUUCUCAGCGAAUUGGAUGAGCGCGUGACGAAGGGCCAGCUGUCACAGCUCACGCAGGAGACGGGAGGCUUGCAGAUCACGUGGUCUAACUCCCUGCUCACGACGGCCGGACGCGCGCACUGGAAAUGCAGAACGGUGUCUACGGCGACACGGCACGCCGACGGCACUAGUAGUCAGGGCGCCACCAUGCGUCAGCACAACGCGUCCAUCGAGCUGGCGUCCAAGGUCCUCGGCAACGAGGCGGACCUCUUGAAUACGGUCGCGCACGAAUUCUGCCACUUGGCCGUGUUCAUACUCGGCGGCCCCAACACUGACCCUAACGCCGAACGUGGUAUGGGCGAGAAGAAAAAGAAAGCAGCAGCCCACGGCCCCGAGUUCAAGGCUUGGGGCGCGCGGUGCGGAGCCAUCUUCGGCGACCGCGGUAUCCGGGUUACUACGAAGCAUAGCUACGAGAUUGAGUACAAGUACGUCUGGCGCUGCGGGGACUGUGGCAUCGAGGUUAAGAGACACUCGAAGAGCGUGGAUACGGAGCGCCAGCGGUGCGGUGGAUGUCGUGGACGGCUGGUGCAGAUUAAGCCUGUGCCGCGUGGCUCUGGUGCCGCCGUCAAAACUGGUGCCGGCGCGACGAGUACUCCGGGUAAUAGCAUCGAUGCAGGUGGGAUCGGGAGCGGGAAAGACAGUACCGCCGCCGCGACGACGAUACCCAAGAAGAAGAGCGCAUGGCAGGAGUUCAUGACGAAAGAGACGCGCGUCCUGAGCCAGACAAACCCCGGGCUAUCGUUCAAAGAGCGGAUGGCGCUUAUAUCGAUGCGAUGGAAGGAGCUGCAGAAAGAAGAAAAGCAGAAGGAGGGCGGACGAGCAGUAAAGGAGCUGCAGGGUGCAGUCGAGGUCCUAACGAUCGACGAUGACGACGACGAAGAAGAAGAAGACAAACAACAGGAGCUGGAGGAAGGCAAGGCUCGGGGCACUUAUGACAUCUUCGCGUAG